GCACACCGCAAUCGCUUGCCGUUCCCGUUGGAAGCAAACGUAAUUUUUUUAAACACAUUUGUAUUUUACAACACACAUUCAGAGAGACAGACGUGCUAAAGUACAGUGAAUUUUUGAAAAUUGUUUUCUGUGUGUUCUCGUUCUUUUCGCGUGUGUGAAUAUUAGCAAAAUAAAUUAGCACAACAAAAAGAGUAAAACACGUACGCACGUCACGCGCACGACGAGAAAGAACGGCGAUAACAACGCAAAAAAAAGGAAAAAAACACCAACAAAACUUAAACUUACAAAUUUUGUGCACAAGACAAGAGAGAACUUGAAGCUUUUGCAAAAACGUUAAAAUCAUGUCAGACGCCGAUUUUGAGACACAGUCACAGCCGGAGUCGACAAAUGGCAGCAGCAAAUUUGAUGUGCCCGAGAUCGAAUUGAUCAUCAAGGCCUCGACCAUCGAUGGACGUCGCAAGGGCGCCUGCCUGUUCUGUCAGGAGUACUUUAUGGAUCUGUAUUUGCUGGCCGAGCUGAAGACGAUCAGUCUGAAGGUGACCACAGUGGAUAUGCAGAAGCCGCCACCAGAUUUUCGCACCAACUUCGAGGCAACACAUCCACCAAUUCUGAUCGACAAUGGCUUGGCCAUUUUGGAGAACGAGAAGAUUGAACGUCAUAUCAUGAAGAACAUACCCGGCGGCUAUAAUCUGUUUGUGCAGGACAAAGAUGUGGCCACGCUGAUCGAGAAUCUGUAUGUGAAGUUGAAGCUGAUGCUGGUGAAGAAGGACGAGGCCAAGAACAAUGCGCUCUUGUCGCAUCUCAAGAAGAUCAACGAUCAUUUGGCCAAUCGCAAUACACGUUUCCUUACCGGCGACACCAUGUGCUGCUUCGAUUGCGAGCUCAUGCCUCGUCUGCAGCACAUACGCGUUGCAGGCAAAUACUUUGUCGACUUUGAGAUACCGACGCAUUUGACGGCGCUGUGGCGUUACAUGUAUCAUAUGUAUCAGCUGGAUGCUUUCACACAAUCAUGCCCAGCCGACCAGGACAUUAUCAACCAUUAUAAGCUGCAACAGAGUCUCAAAAUGAAGAAGCAUGAGGAGCUGGAGACGCCAACGUUUACCACAUCCAUUCCAAUUGAUAUUUCAGAGUAGAGUUCUAUAGAGCCAUGCACAGUUAUUAUUAUUAUUAUUAUUAUUGUACUUUUUUUUGUGACAACUCUACAACUACAACUGCAACUAUUCAGCGACAACUUUGAAUGACAACACAUACUACUACAACUAUACAAAAAGCAUACAAGUAGAAUAUGUAUAGUAUAUAUAUAUAUAUACUAUAUACAUACAAUAAUACGUAUAUGACAUGCAUAUAUAUUUAUAUACCUUUAUAUAGAUACGCAAGAUGACAAGCAA